AUGCCUGGCGACCGAUUGAGCGAAUCUGCGGCGGCGGCCGCCUUCAUGGCGCACGCGUUGCAGCAAGCGCAGCAGCACCACCACCAGCAGCAGUUGGCCAACGCUCAGGUCGCGGCAGCUGCAGCGGCAGCUGCUGCGGCGGCAGCGGCUCAAGACGCCAAAAACAACAAACGUCGGAAACAAAGUAAACCCGUCCGCUAUGCACUCGGUGAAGGACCCGGAGGCGGCGGCGGAGGUGUAGGUGGGGGAUCCGCAGGUGGAACCGACGAUCCUGGAACCAUCUCCGCCGUAGACGAGGACAGCCGGUCGUCCGGGACGUCGAGUAGGCUCUCGUCGUCGAUCGCCGACCUGCAAUCGUCGAUCGGACAACACAAACGGAAGUUUUCCGAGGACGACAGUGACGCAAUGGACAAUGCGGGAUUGGUGGCCGCCGCUCUCCGGAUAAAGUGUCCCCACUGCGGAGAUGGUUUCCCCACCGAGGAAAUGGUGAAGCUCCACAUUGAAGAGGAGCAUGUACAGAAAGCGCUCGAGAAGCAGCUGCAACACGCGAGUGCGAACAAGGGACGAGGCCAGGAGCGAGAACUGGCCGCUCUUGCCUCGAUGUUCCAACACGCGGCCGCGCAGGCGAACAAUUCCGCCGUCGACAGCACGAAACGUGACGGCCUGAGCACGGCGGUGGAUUUCGCGAAGAAUUUCCAAUUUCAUCCGCUGCUCCCCAUCUCGCCCCAACAACAGCAACAACAGCAGCAACAACAACAACAACAGGUCGACAGCGCUAAGCUUCAGCAGAUGAUGUUCUCGAACCCAAUGGCAUCGCUUCUGUUUUCCGGUCUCCAAACGAAUCAGCCGCCGUCGACGCCGGCGAACACUAACGGCGGAGGAGUCGUCGUCCCGCCCUCGACGCCGGGCGGCAUGCGAAUCUUCAACCCCGAAGCCUAUUGUGAGUUGUGUAACAAGGAGUUCUGUAACAAGUACUUUCUCAAAACCCACAAGGCGAACAAACACGGUAUCUACUCAGUGGAGUCGCUGGUUAGUUCUUCUCCCGGUUUCGCUUCGACCCAGUCGCAGGCCCAGCAGUUGCUGGCGUUGACGGCAGGGAGAGUUCAGUCUUCGGGCCCUCAGCACCAACAGCAGCCAGGAAUUGUCAACAUGGAGUCGUUCUGCGAUAUUUGCCAAAAGGAAUUCUGUAACAAGUAUUUCCUCAAAAAACACAAACAGAAGAUCCACGGAAUCGUCGUGGAUCCCCAACAGCAGCAGCAACAGCAGCAGCAACAAGCGACGCAAGCGUCGGGUGCAGCAGCAGCAAUGGAUGGUGCGGGAGACGCGAAGCGGGGCGGCCAAGCCAUCGCGAGCGAGUCCGAUAAGUCCGACUUCCUGCUUGCAAAGUUCUCGGCAUCAGUUCCGACGCCGACGCGAACGCCGCCCACGCAAUUCCCCCUCGUCGGUGGGGGUGGUUCGUCGAACGUCGACUCGAGCGGGCGGCAUAAUGUUCAGGAGCAUUGCAGUGUGUCUCUCGGCAGUAUAUCUUCAUCGAGCUCGACCACGACCAAUUCGACAGGUGUCAACGCAGCUGCUGUCACCGCUGGUGGUGGUGGUGCUGCCUCAUCGUCGACGUCGUCCAACAAUCUCCAAUCCCCCUUCACCGCUGAGAAGCUCCGCGAGAUGGGCGUCAUCAAUCCCGAAGCGUUUUGUGAAAUCUGUUGUAAGGAAUUUUGUAACAAAUACUUUCUGCGAACCCACAAAGCCAACAAGCACGGAAUUCCGGACCCGUUCUACAAGCAGACCGAGCGGGCUCUACAAGACGUUCCGGAGAACCUUUCGCCAAGUGGUGUUGGAAGUGCUGGAAGUGAUGCUAACGGUGGUAGUGCUGGAAUCAGUGGUGGCAACAACAACAACAUCAGUAGCAGCAGCAACAACAACGGCAACAGUGGUAGCAAUGCAGGUGGCAGCGCGGGUGCGAACGAUUCCGAGCCGGGAAUGCUGCGCUCGGCCGCAGAUUUUGAUCUCUCAUCGCGGAACGGCGAGUUCAGUUGCGAUGUUUGCCAAAGAAGCUUCUCCAAUCAGUAUCUGCUCAAGAUUCACCGGUUUUACAACCACAACAUUCCGUAUAUCAAACAGGAGGACCAGGAGCAGCAGCAGCAGCAACAAUCGAUGAAAUCAUUAAAUCAGAACCUGAUCGGGGAUGGAGCCUCGUCUCCUGUUCUAGCUUGUAGUACUACUAAUAAUAAUACGCCGUGUAAGAAAGACGGAUCGCUGUCAGCCAACGUCAUCAAGCACGAUGCCGCUCACGAUGGCAACGAUGCCAACGAUGACGCCGACAACGACGACGAUGACGACGAAGACGGUGACGGCGAAGUUGUCAUGAGGAAGCCUGCCGGGCUGGAGACCGACCCCGAGUCCGAAAUGAAGACUAAAGAAUCUCAAAAGGCAGAUGAUGAGGAGGACGACCUUGGUACCUCGUCCCCAGAUGACGCUGCGAGCCAGGACAUACAGAAACUGCAAAGCAUGAUCCGCGACCUCACGGCCAACGCGCUCGUGAACGAAGGCCGCGUCACCUGUAACGUGUGUCGCGGGGAGUUCGAGAACAAGUUCUACCUCCGCGGUCAUAUGAUGAACGAGCACGGGGUACUUCUCGGAGAUGACGGUUCGACGACCGACAUCUUCGGCAACAGCACCCCGGCUUUUUCUGCUACAGGUGGACCCAUCGACUCGGAGGCGUACUGCGAGAUCUGCCAGAAGGAGUUCUGCUCGAAAUACUUUCUCAAGACACACAAGCAGAACAUCCACGGCAUCUCGGCCGAUUCGAUCAUGACGCCGACCGCGUCGCCGGGCCAGCGACGCGGCGACAACAAGAGCCCCCGCAGCCAGCAGAUGGCGAUCCCAUCCGCCAACAGCGCGGCGGUGGCGGCGGCGAGUCCCAACGAGCAGCAGCAGUUGAGCCAGGCAACGCAAGCGAUGCAAGUGGCGGCGCUCUACGGAGCCUCGCAAAUGAAUCUCCAGCAGGUUGGCGGCGGCCAAGGCGGUGGAAUCCACAAGUCGUCUGAGAAGCCGCUGUCUGUCCCCAUUCCUUCAGUUCCUCCUUCAUCUACUGCCAACAACGCCGCACAGCGCAGCUUCGUUACGGGUAGAAACUACUGCAAUAUCUGUAACAAAGAGCUGUGCAACAAGUACUUCAUGAAGACUCACAUGCUCAAGAUGCACGGUAUCAACCUCGAUGAGCAGCCGGCCGAUGCGGCCAAAAACUCCAUCAUCGGCGGGGUCACUUGCGAGAUUUGCCAGAAGGAGCUGUGUUCGAAGUACUUCCUCAAAGUGCACAAGCAGAACACUCAUGGCAUCUACGAAGAUCCCCCGCCGGGUAAAGAGAAUUCCCUAUCCCUGGUCCCCUCCGAUUAUCUAUUCGGUGGUGGCGGUGCCGGUGGCGGGAGCCAGAGCGCAAGCCCCGGAGGCGACCUCGAUCACGGCUCUCGAAACAUGAGCCAAUACACCGAAGUCUGCCCGUUGUGCGACCGACGCUUCAAGAGCAUAAAAUGGCUGAAGACGCACAUGAUGAACGAUCACAGCGAUACGCUGAAGGAGAACCUUCCCUUCCCUCCCAAUGAUCCUACCGGGGCCUUGCUGGCCCUAAUGCCUCCCUCCCGAAUGUGCGUCGUGUGCGGCCAAACGUUCCCGGACAAGGUCGCUCUGCAGAUCCACCUGAUCAAGGAGCACCGAACCUCGUCCGAGGAACUCGGUUUCAUGAACCUGAGCAGUCGGCCCUCUCCGUCCCGGGACACUUCCACACCCUCGAACGACAACAGCAACGGCUCCACCCCAACAAAUAUCAUCAACAACAACAACAGCAUCAUCGGUGGCAAUAGCAACAUCCUUCACCACAACAAUCCGCAGACGCCAUUUAAGCUGUCGAACGGUUCUGUUUCACCUUCUCCCUCGAGCCAAAUGUCCCUCCGUAGUCCAGCCGUAGCGGCCGCCCUCCAGCACGCCCUGCACGGCGUGGGCGGUGUUGCCGCCGCGGCCGCAGCGGCGGCAGCGGCGGCGGCCGCCGGUGGUCUCGGCGGCGCUCUUUUCAAGCGACCCCUGAACGGUGGCCAAAACAGUUUUCAACAAUCUUCGAAUCAACUUGGAGCCGCGACAGGACUCCUCGAUUUCCCUGCGCCCGGCUCCAAGGUCUACAAUUGCUUCUACUGUGUCUAUUCUACGCGAUGGUUGUCGAACUUGUACGCGCACGAAAAGAAGCAUAUCGGAGUGAUCAUGGAUACGAAUAGCAGCAACAAAUCGUCCGUGGAACGUCGUUUCGUUUGCCGUGUAUGUCAUCGCGCCUACCGUUUCAACCACUCUCUCCAGAUACACAUGUUAGGCCACCGGUCGUCUGCGAAAAAAUUGAGCGCGGUCGCAGCCGCGAGCUCGCCACCCCCGCCGGCGAGCGCGUCGUUGUCCGCCAACGUCGUUGUCGUCCCCCCCACCUCCAACCCGUCUCAGGAUCAGAGCCAACAGCCAGAAGCGGCGGCGGCGGCGGCCGUCAGCGGCGCCCCGAACGCGGAGCAGCCCGAAGAUUUGUCAAAGUCCGCUACUCCCACAAGUCUUCCCUCAUUGUCGUUCGAUCAUCCCGAUCAGAGUCUGGUGAAACGAGUUUAUCGAUGCAGCCGAUGCGCUCAGCGCUUCGAAUCCAAGGACCGAUGCCAGCAGCACAUUCAGCAAUUCCACGCCCUGCAGCGCAAGUUCGGCGCCGGAAAACAGAAGUCCUGCAAGCCGUACAAAUGCCGUAUCUGUGGUUUCGGAACCCGGUCGUGGAACGCCCUCAAAAUACAUAUCACCAAGCAGCAUCAGCUACCACAAAACAAGCAAAUGAACGCGGCGGCCGGCAUGGAAUCGAACGAACUCGAUCCGCUGUUACCCGAAGUUUCUCUGCUCGAGCAGACGCCGGACAUCGCGGUCACGCUGAGCCGCACCGUCCCGCCGGUGCAUACGCCCCCUCCGGGGUUCACGAGUGCCAACAUCAACAACAACGGCCAGCAACUGCCGAUGACGUACGUGAUCCCGCAAAGCGAGCCCACGCCGUUCAUCCUGCAGCCGUUUCUUCUCGACCACCGUAAGGAGCAGGAAAACGUUCCAGUCCCGCCACCUGAAGACCAGUUCAAGUUUGUGCCGUCGCUCGUCUAUCUCCCGGUAUGCCGGAAAGUCUCGCAGCCCAUGACUGUCGCGUUCACACUCACCCCCGCUUAG